ACAAUCUGUCUGUUUGGUUCAAUCUAUUCUUGUAAAUGGUUUAGCUUUUCCCUUUCAUUAUUAAAUCUUAUUAAAAGUUCAUAGAAAGACAUUAACCUUGCAAGUAAUUUCUGAUAAAUCGUAUAACUUGUUACAUUCUGUUUAAAAAGGUUUUAAACAGAAUGAGCUUUGUAAUAUGUGGAAAAACAACUGUGACGUCACGUUUCCCAUCAGCUGAAGACUAGGUAUUUACGAGUAAAAUUGUAGUGAUAAAAUAGCAAAAUGGGUGGUGCAGUGAGCUCAGGACGUAAUAACAAUGAGUUGGUGGACAAUCUGAUGGAAGGUAGUUAUAUCCGUACUGAAGAAGUGGAACGUGUGUUCAGAGCUCUCGAUAGAAGAGAAUAUAUGGUCCCUGGUGAUAGAGAGCGGGCUUACAAAGAUAUUGCCUGGCGAAAUGGACAUUUACAUUUGUCUUCGCCCUGUAUAUACAGUGAAGUUAUGGAGGGACUGGAAGUAAAACCGGGGCUAUCGUUCCUGAACAUUGGCUCCGGUACUGGGUACUUGAGCACCAUGGUGGGGCUGAUUCUUGGCUCCGGAGGCAUCAGCCACGGGAUUGAAAUAUAUCCCAAUGUUGUGGAUUAUGCAAACACAAUGCAAAGAAAAUUCAUUGAAAAUUCGCCUGCUAUUGAUGAUUUUGACUUCUGUGAACCUAAAUUUUUUCUUGGCAAUGGUCUGUGCCUGGCGCCGCUGCUGGCUGCCUACGAUCGCGUCUACUGCGGCGCCGCCUGUCCCGACGAGUACGCUACGUAUUUUAAGCAGCUCAUAAGGAUCGGGGGCGUCCUGGUGAUGCCGCUGAAUGACACGCUGGUGCAAGUGCGCCGAGUCGGCGUCCGCGAGUGGACCUCGCGCAGUCUGCUCAACGUCUCCUUCGCACCGCUGCAGCUGCCGCCCGCAGACACCGGCACAGACGCUCCUAGAACUCUUACGCUAGAGGAGCAGUCGCCGCCCGCGCUGCAGGUGCUGUCGCGCGGCGCGGUGCGGCGGGCGCUC